UAAACCCUCAAAGAAUUCUUCCAGUAAUGCUAGAUAUUGGUUCUAACAACAAGAAGUUACUUAAUGAUCCUCUUUGAUUUAUUGGAGUUGAGGAGUCCCACAAUCUUUAUGUUCUGUUUGUUUCUCCAUCACUUUUUCAAGGCUGUUCAAUUGGAGUUCCAUCUUCAGGUUGACAUGAUUGUCUUGACAGAUGGAAGUCGUAUUCUUGGCCUCGGUGACCUUGGAGUUCAGGGAAUAGGAAUACCUAGAUUGGAGGGAGAAGAGUAUCUAUCAAUUGUUGAUGAUUUUAUGGAAGCCGUGCAUACAUGUUGGCCUAAAGCUAUUGUUCAGUUUGAGGAUUUUCAAAUGAAAUGGCCUUUUGAAACAUUACAACGUUAUCGUAAGAGGUUCUGCAUGUUCAACGAUGACAUACAAGGAACUGCUGGUGUUGCUCUCGUUGGACUAUUGGGAACUGUGAGAGCUCAAGGGCGGCCAUUGAGUGAUUUUGUUAACCAAAAGAUAGUAGUGGUAGGGGCUGGAAGUGCAGGGCUCGGUGUUCUUAACAUGACUAUUCAGGCUGUUUCGAGAAUGGCAGGGAACAACGAUUCUAGUUUACUUUAUCAAAAACAAAGAAGAAAAGGAAGGGACCACAAGAAAUCAAUGGUGGAAUCGAUCAGGCAGGGUGUGGAAAAUUACAACUCAGUUUUUGUUUUCACUGUUGAGAACAUGAGAAACCUCAAGUUCAAGGAACUCAGGGAGCAGCUGAAGUCAGCUAGCAGGGUGGUACCUGUUCACCAAGAUCCAAGAGAGCUGGAGGGACUUAGUGAAGGAGCCAAUUUAUUAGAAGUGGUAAGCUUUCUCAAACUCCCUUCAUGGUUAGGGAUACUUAGCUAA